CGCCCGCUCCGGCUGCGGCGGUUCCUGCUCCCGCCACCGCCGUCCAUCCGUCCGUCCGUCCGUAGUCCGCGCUCCCGAGCCGCCUCAGCGCCGGGCGCCCACGGUCCAGGACUUUAUAAGGAUUUGACCUUACUCAAAAUGUGCAGAGAAGAAUGAUGGAAGCCCCUGAAUACCUUGAUUUGGAUGAAAUUGACUUCAGUGAUGACAUCUCUUAUUCAGUCACGUCACUCAAGACCAUCCCGGAACUGUGCCGAAGAUGUGAUUCGCAAAAUGAAGACAGAUCAGUUUCUAGCUCUAGCUGGAAUUGCAGUGUCUCAACUCUUAUUACAAACACACAGAAGCCCACGGGAAUCGCCGAUGUAUACAGUAAGUUCCGCCCAGUGAAGCGAGUGUCCCCACUGAAACAUCAGCCAGAGACUCUGGAGAACAAUGAAAGUGAUGACCAAAAGAACCAGAAGGCAGAGUAUCAGAAAGGGGGUGAUUCUGACCCAGGCCCCCAGCCUGAGGAGCUCAGCCCCAGAGAUGGAGAGAGCAGCCCUCAAACUAAGAGCACGGAACCCAGCCCCUUGCUGGGCGAACUGGAGCAUUAUGACCUCGACAUGGAUGAGAUUCUGGAUGUGCCUUACAUUAAAUCCAGUCAACAGCUUGCCUCUUUUACCAAGGUGACUUCAGAAAAAAGAAUUUUGGGUUUAUGCACAAGCAUCAAUGGCCUUUCUAGCAAAGCCUGUUCGACAGGAAAUGCUGAGAACUCACUGUCCAACAUGACACCAUUUUGUGUUCUCUCUCCUGUGAAAAGCCCUCACUUGAGAAAAUCAUCCUCUGUCGUCCGUGACCAGCAGAAGCUCUCCACUGAAGAAUCUGAGAGUUCUCCUCCUCUGGUUAAAUGUGGCUCUGCCUAUGAGCCUGAAAAGCAGAGUAAGGACCUCCCAAAUAAGACCUUUAGUGAGCCUCAUGGUCGGAAACUUGACAAGGCAAUGCCAGACUGCCAGCUCAGGACCUUCCAUCUGCAGUCCUCAGCACCAGACCCCAAACUAGAGGAGCAGAUCGGUGGCAUGAACUGGACCAGCUCCCAAGGCCCAGAAGAAAGGAGUGAGUACCUGAAAAAAGUAAAAAGCAUCCUGAACAUCGUUAAAGAAGGGCAAAUAUCUCUCCUGCCACACCUAGCUGCCGACAAUCUAGACAAAAUUCAUGAUGAAAGCGGAAACAAUCUCUUACACAUUGCCGCAGCGCAGGGCCAUGCAGAAUGUCUGCAGCACCUCACGUCUUUGAUGGGAGAAGAUUGCCUCAACGAGCGAAAUGUGGAGAAGUUGACUCCAGCAGGCCUGGCCAUCAAGAAUGGUCAAUUGGAGUGCGUACGCUGGAUGGUGAGUGAAACAGAAGCCAUUGCUGAAUUGAGUUGUUCUAAGGAUUUUCCAAGCCUUAUUCAUUACGCAGGUUGCUUCGGCCAGGAAAAGAUUCUGCUGUGGCUUCUUCAGUUCAUGCAAGAGCAGGGCAUCUCACUGGAUGAAGUGGACCAGGAGGGCAACAGCGCCGUUCAUGUGGCUUCCCAGCAUGGCUACCUCGGGUGCAUACAGACCCUGGUUGAAUAUGGAGCAAAUGUCACCAUGCAGAACCACGCGGGGGAAAAGCCCUCCCAGAGCGCUGAGCGCCACGGACACACCCUGUGCUCCCGGUACCUGGUGGUGGUGGAGACCUGCAUGUCGCUGGCCUCCCAGGUGGUGAAGCUAACCAAGCAACUGAAGGAACAGACAAUGCAACGUGUCACACUGCAGAACCAGCUCCAACAACUUCUGGAAGCCCAGAAAUCAGAGGGCAAAUCACUCCUUUCUUCGCCCAGUUCACCAUCCUCCCCAGCUUCCAGAAAGUCCCAAUGGAAAUCCCCAGAUGCAGAUGAUGAGCCUAUAGGCAAAAGCAAACCAGGAAUACAAGAGGGGAUUCAAGUUCUUGGAAGCCUGUCUGCAUCCAGCCGGGCUAGGGCCAAAGCUAAAGACGACGAUUCGGAUAAAAUCCUACGUCAGUUAUUAGGAAAAGAUAUUUCAGAGAAUGUCUGCACCCAGGAAAAGCUAUCCUUGGAAUUCCAGGAUGCUCAGGCUUCUUCUAGAAAUUCAAAAAAGACCCCACUGGAGAAGAGGGAACUGAAGUUAGCCAGGCUGAAGCAGCUGAUGCAGCGGCCACUGAGUGAGUCUGACACAGACUCCAACAACUCUGAGGACCCCAAGGGCACGCCUGUGAGAAAGGCUGACAGGCCCAGACCACAGCCUGUCGUGGAAAGCGUGGAGAGUAUGGACAGCGCGGAAAGCUUACACCUGAUGAUAAAGAAACACAGCUUGGCAUCAGGACGCAGGUUUCCUUUUAGUAUCAAGGCCUCCAAAUCUCUGGAGGGCCACAGCCCAUCCCCCACCUCAGAGAGCAGCGAGCCAGACUUGGAAUCCCAGGGUCCAGGCUCGGGAACCGCGGCCCCAAGCCAGCCCUCUGGAGAACUCCCUCAGCCCAGCCCUGACAGCACAGCUGCCCAGAAAGUGGCCACGAGUCCCAAGAGCGCCCUCAAGUCCCCAUCUUCCAAGCGCCGGACAUCGCAGAACUUGAAACUCAGAGUUACCUUUGAGGAGCCUGUGGUGCAGAUGGAGCAAACUAGCCCUGAACUAAAUGGAGAGAAGGACCGAGAUAAGGGCAGGACCCUCCAGCGGACCUCUGCAAGCAGUGAACCAGGGGAUCAGCUGAAAAGGCCUUUUGGAACCUUCCGAUCCAUCAUGGAGACGCUAAGUGGCAACCAGAACAAUAAUAAUAACUAUCAGGCAUCCAACCAGCUGAAGACCUCCACUCUGCCCUUAACCUCACUUGGGAGGAAGACCACAGACAGUAAGGGAAAUCCCGGGGGCUCUGCUAGCAAAGGAAAGAAUAAGGCGGAGAUGUACAACAGCUGCAUCAAUCUUUCCUCUAACACGCUGAUUGAAGAGCAUCUGUGUGACUAUGCACGGCAUAAUGACAUCAAUAGAAAAAUGAAGAAAUCCUACAGCAUAAAGCACGUCGCUGAGCUAGAGUCAAAAGAAUUCUUCUUAUAAAUCACUUUUUUAUUAUCUCUCAUUGCUGCCCUUUGGACACCAUUGGAAAUGUCUGGACUAUCCUCUGUGGAAAUAGAAUCAUGAGAACAGUGCCUCACCAGCAGAAGAAUAGACUAUCGGGAUGCCUUAAAUUUAUAGCACUAGAGUAUAUAAGACACAUUUUUGGGUGAUAUUUGUAUAUAUAACUUGUUUUUAAAGAGAUGCUGUUUAAAAGCAUGGUUGGGCAAAUGUAUGUUUUUUAAGAUUGAUUCAACCUCCCCACAGGACAUUCACCAAACCACUGUCACCAUUUUGUAUUUCAUCAACUGCAUGGGUGUUUGCUGAUGUUGGUUGAACUUCCCUUUCCCCAUAACAUGGGAAGUUUGGGCUCAGCUUCUCAGUGAGACCAGGUCAGUGCUAUUGUUUUCUGUUAAGCAUGUUUUUUCUGUCAUUUCUACUUUUUGUAUAAAGGAAA